AUGAAUAUUUCUCAACCAAGACUCGGACCACCGUUUUGCAAUGUUUCCCCGAGGGAGGAAAAAAAAACAGAGGACGAAAUCAAUAAUCCAACGACAAACCAGGGCAAUUUAAGUCCUGAUUUACAAUUGUCGUAUCAACCAGAAUUUCCCAAAACUAGUGGCAUUUUGCACUUAGAAAAAUAUAUUCUUACCGAACUACGGGAACAAGAAGGGCGGAAUGUUUACAAAGCACGCAAUAUACAUACAAAUGAGGAUUCAAUUUGUAAAGUUUUUCCUGCUGACCGAUAUCGUGAGGUGAUCUGUACUUAUUGGCAGGUAGACUCUCAUCCGAAUAUUUCGAGGGUUGAAGAAGUAAUUAUUAAAUCACAACAAGUUUACCUAUUCUUCAAGUGUAACUAUGGAGAUUUGCAUUCCUAUGUGCGUCAGAAAAAAAGGUUGAAAGAAGCUGAAGCUUGCCACUUAUUCAAACAGGUUGUGGAAGCAGUGUCCCAUUGCCAUUGCAAUGGUGUCGUUCUGCGUGAUCUCAAACUCAGGAAGUUUGUCUUUAUCGAUCCAGAAAAAACUCAUCUGCAGUUGGAAGGAUUAGAGGAUGCUUGUUUAUUGGAAGAUGAAUCCAAUGAUAAACUCACUGAUAAACAUGGUUGUCCUGCUUACGUGAGCCCAGAGAUUCUGACCACUGUCAUUGAAAGCUAUUCAGGCAAAGCUGCUGAUGUCUGGAGUCUUGGUGUCAUGCUGUAUACAAUGAUAAUUGGCCGUUACCCCUUUCAUGACACAGAGCCCAGUGCUUUGUUUGGAAAAAUACGCCGUGGCCAGUACUCCUUGCCAGACAUUUUAUCUUCAGGUGCCAAAUGUCUUAUACGUAACAUGUUACGGCGUGAUCCUGCACACAGGCUCAGUGCCGAAGACUGUCUUUUGCAUCCUUGGUUAACUGGUCAUUGGCCAGAUGUGAUGUUUACUCCAGCUUGUGUUGAUCGAAGGCAAACAACAGACCAGACCGUCCCAGAUAUAAAAUUAACAGAGUGCCCCCUCCAAAUUCAUGAACUGGCAGAUUUUGUUAAUAUGGGUUUUACCCUCCUUUCUCUGCUUAUCUGUCUGUUUUCUGGGAAACCAUGUGCCAUCUUAUUUUGCACCUCUCUCUCUCUCUCUCUCUCUCUCUCUCUCUCUCUCUCUCUCUAUCUCUAUCUCUAUCUCUAA